GGAAUUCAAAUCUUAUGCUUUAUGCGCACUAAAAUAAUUUUGUAACUAUAUACGCUCUCUCCAUCAAAAAAAUUUUAAAUCUUAAAUUUUUAUUAAAUAAUUUGUAAUAUAUUCUUUGUUAUAAUAAAUGUCUUUGUAAAAAAAACUAUAUUUAUAAAUUUUAAUAAAUUUGUAUAUUAUAUUAUGUUUAAAUUAUAUUAAUAUUAGUACAUAACCUCACAUAUUUAUGUUGUAAUUCUAAAUACAAAAGGAAGAUACUAGUAAAUAUUGUUUAAAUAUGGAAGUACUUAAGGAAUGUUCAGCAUAUUUAAGCAACUAUGAAGUUCUGAAUAUUCUACAGAGUAUAAAAGCAAAUAAAAAACAAAAAAUGAAACAAAAUCAAUUGGCAAGUAUAACAUAUCAGACUAUCAGAUAUUUAGAAAAUACUUCAUGUAAAACCCAGUCUCCAGAAAAAAUUAAAGACUUUUUAAGAACGAUGGAACCUUUCAAACUUACAAAAUGUGAAAUAUUAACUCUUUUAAAUGUAUGUCCUAAAACACCUCUUGAAAUACAAUUGAUUGUAGAAGAUAGUGAAGAUCGUUUAACUGAUGAAGAAGUAGAUUCUUUACUUCAAGUAGUAGCAAAUUAUUUAAAUGAAAAUGAACAAGAUGGAUAAUAUGGUUUUUCUAUUUUAACUUUACAAAUUUUUUAAAAACAUUUUAUAUAUUUUAUGUACAUUUUAUUUAUAGCAAACAAAGAAAUGAAAAUGAUAUAAUAUUAAAUACAUUAUGCAAA